CGUAUUGAAAUGGAAGCAAUCGAGAAUGUCUUGAAGGAACGAGGUUUAUCUCUACACGAAAUAUCAGCAGACGGCGAUUGUCUUUAUAAUGCAAUUGCGCAUCAGUUAUCGCUUAUGAGUAAAUCAUCAAAUGAUAAGAUAUCGAUGUCUGAUAUUCGAUCUAAAGCGGCAACGUACAUUCGAUCACACAAAGAUGAUUUCUUGCCAUUUUUGAGUAGUCGUGAUGGAGAGCCGAUAAGUGAAUUUUAUUUUGAUGAAUACUGUAAUCUUGUUGAACGUUCGUGUGAAAAUGGCGGUGAAUGGGGUGGAGAACCUGAGUUACGCGCCUUAUCGAGUGCUCUCGAAAGAAGUAUCAUUGUGAUUCAGCCAGAAGGGCGUCUCAUUAAAUUUGGUGACGAGUUCAGCUCCAAGACACCAAUAACAAUCACUUUUCAUCGAUACGCCUUCAAUCUUGGUGAACAUUAUAAUUCGACUAAACCGAUCAAUAGAUUAUAA